AUGGAAGGGUUCCUGCCCCCUUCUCUCUCCAGCUACCUUCACUGCUGUCCCCAGCUUGGCUCCCUUCCCUGUGUCUGCCCUGCUGACAGCCAGAGCUGGUGCGAGGGAGGAGAUGCGGGAGGUCUCGGAGCUGUCACGCUGUUGUUUUGUUUUGUUCUGAAAGGCAUGUGGCAGUUGAGCACUUUACCUUUCUCCUCAGAUCUUACCAACAACACAGCCUCUUCUUCCAAAGCACCAGCAGGCCUAACUGAGGAGAUCUCCUUCUGUCCUGGAAACAUUUUUCCUCUUUGUUUUUGGAAUGAAAGAGAGCAGGCUGAAUAUAUUUUGAGGUUAAAAUUCGGAGUAAUUAUAAUUACAGUAGUUAGAGAAAGGAACUCUAGCAGUGUGUUGUGA